AUGCUUCGACGACGUUCAAUUACAAUUAAUCGUACGAUAAAACAGAACUAUCAUAAUGCAAAAAUUAAAUCCGAAUCCAAUUACCAUGCAUGGAUAAAGUUAACUUUAUCGGCCUUAAUUCCAUUAAUGAUUGCUAUAUUUACGAUAGUUACUACAAUUUUACAACAAAAACUUUCUACGCAACAGCGAGAACAAGAGAAACAAGAUUCACUUUUAUUAAGGCAACAAACAGAACGUCAAGAAGAUAAUUUACAAAAAGAAAACAUAUUUGCAACAUAUCUCGAUGAUGUUUCGAAACUUUUAUUAUUAGAAAACCAAACAAAUAGUUUGAUCCAUAUUCGAAUGAAAACAUUGUCAGCUCUUCGGCAGUUGGAUCCGACGAGAAGAAAAUAUUUAUUUUUGUUUCUUUAUGAGAGUGGAUUGAUUUAUCGUUAUCCAGAACAGCCAUAUGUGUCUUUGUUAAAAUUAAUUGACGCUGAUUUUAAUGGAAUUUAUUUUGAAGGAACUAUUGAAACUAAAUGUUCACUAAUACAUCUUUAUUUAUAUGGUGUUUAUUUAUCGAAUUCAUCAUUUAUUCAUUGUUACAUUGAUUAUUCGAAUUUUUCAAGUGCCACUAUGUAUAAGACAUUAUUUUUAAAUACACUUGUAAUGCGAACAUCGUUUAAAUUCACAUUUUUGGAUCAAGCUAAUUUCAGUAAUACAAAGAUUUCCGACACGACUUUUAAAGGAGCAUCAUUGAUUGAAUGUGAUUUUACUGGUGCUCGUUGGAAAGAAAACGAUGUUGAUUUUAUAAAUGCAAAUCUAUCAGGAGCAAUGAUAUCCGAUGAGCAGUUGCGUAAUUCUACAUUAUAUAAUUGUAUUCUGCCUAAUGGAACAUGGGGACCUAUUCGAACGAAUAAUCUUGUCGUGAACGGUGAUGCCGAGAAGAAUGUAAGUUUUAAUUUGGUCUUUUGCAUUUGCUAA